AUGGAGCUCAGGGAGCCCGAGAACCAUGAGGAUGGGGACCCAGAGGAGGACACAGCUACAGCCCUCCAAAGGCUCGUGGAGCUGACAGCCACCAGGGUGACCCCAGUGAGGAAUCUACGUGUCCCGUACCGCCUCAUCCGAGAGCUCGGCUCUGGCUCCUAUGGCCGCGUACUCCUUGCCCGGCCUCGCCAAGGAGGACCUGCUGUGGCCCUGAAGGUCCUUCGUCGGGAUUCGGUCUUGAGGACCACCUUCCUGAGAGAGUUCUGUGUGGGCCGCUGUGUCUCUUCACACCCAGGCUUACUGCAGACUCUGGCAGGACCCCUGCAAAGCCCCCGACACUUCGCCUUUGCCCAGGAGUACGCGCCAUAUGGGGACCUCAGCGGGAUGCUAAAGGAACAGGGCCUCCCAGAGCUGCUGGUGAAGCGGGUGAUGGCCCAGCUGGCUGGAGCCCUGGACUUCCUCCAUGGCCGGGGGCUCGUCCAUGCGGAUGUCAAACCAGACAACGUGCUGGUCUUUGACCCUGUCUGCAGCCGUGUGGCCCUAGGUGACUUGGGUCUGACCCGGCCCGAGGGCAGUCCAACCCCUGCCCCACCAGGGCCACUACCCUCUGCCCCACCCGAGCUCUGCCUCCUGCUGCCACCUGAGACCCUACCCCUGCGACCAGCUUUGGAUUCCUGGGGCCUGGGGGUGCUUCUCUUCUGUACUGCCACUGCCUGCUUCCCUUGGGAUGUGGCACUGGCCCCAGACCCCGAGUUUGAGACCUUUGCUGGCUGGAUGACCACCAGGCCCCAACCCCCUCGGCCACCCCCGCCUUGGGACCAGUUUGCUCCCCCUGCUUUGGCAUUGCUCCAGGGGCUCCUAGACCUGGAUCCUGAAACUAGGAGCCCCCCACUGGUUGUCCUGGACUUCUUGGGGGACGACUGGGGGCUAGAGAGGAACAGAGAGGGACCUGGGGGCUUGGGGGGCAUGUCUAGUGAAGAUGGGGAGGAGGAGGAAGAGGGGGGAGCAAGCCUGGAGGAGUGGACAGAUGAGGAGGAGGAGGAGGACAAAGAUGGCAGGAGGAUGGGGACAGAUCGGGGAGCUCCCUGA